AAUCACGUAAAAGGAGUGAAAGAUGAGCGAUGCAGGCAGUGGAAGUGAAAGUUCUGGUUCUGGAACCGGUGAUGGCGGUGCUACCAAACCGGCCGUACAAAAUGCCAUCAACGAUCGUGCUCAACGAGAAUAUCGGGAGGAGAUAGUGAAGGACAUGGCGAUAGAGAAAAUGAAACGAAAAAUGCACGACAUUGUCACGCGGUUGGGUCGAGAUGUCGAACAAAAAAUGGAUAUUGCGGUGGACGAUUUGUUCACCGAAGUGAAGCGGUUUAACCUGAAGAACUAUGAACUAAAGCAGCUGUUUAAUGAACAACCAACCACCGUAGACAACGCUGGCCAUCGUAAAGGAUCCCUGAAGGAUGGGAAACUGCCGGAAAAGCAGUUCAUAGCCAGAAACUCUCUCCUAACGGAUUUGUUCGAAGUGAAGCACAUCAAGACGAUCUAUCACAUUUUCAUAGUCAUCCUGAUUAUCCUGUUUCUCAAUACCGUCGUGCAUGAUUUCGUGGACACUGGCAGCAUCAACCUUGGCUUUCGACCGAUAAUGGCGGGAUUUGGGAAAUUCCACAUUGCACUCAUGCUGUGGUUUUGCAUGCAAAUGUGCACCUUCUUUUUGUAUCCGUGUUUCCGAACGUGGGCCUCUUUUCGUGGCAGAAUCAUAGCCGGAUCUACUGUACAAAAGCUCUGGGAUGCGGCCGCGUUGGCCCUUUUCUUUUCAUACCAGUGUGGAUUUGUUGUCGUUGCUAUCAAGGGACUGCUGUGGUUCGAUCUUCCACCGGCCAGCUCGACGGCUUAUCUCAUGGAAAUGACGCGCUUUCUCAUGAAGGCACACGCUUUCAUCCGCAGUAACGUCCCAAGGGCAUUGGAGCGCGAUAAAAAAGACGCCGAUUCCAAACCAGCAUCUCCAGACGCGUACCGACCUUUACCGUCAUUUGGAAAGUAUGCUUAUUUCCUGUUCGCCCCAACACUAGUCUACCGGGAUGAAUAUCCUCGCACGAAGCAAAUCCGAUGGCGUAUAGUGGCACGUCACGCCCUCGAGGUGAUUGGGGUGGUGUUCUACAUCAGUUUCAUCUUGGAACGGUUUCUAGCGCCGUUAUUUGAAAAGUUUGGCCAUGCCAAAAUCAGCUCAGGCAGUUUUGUGUUGUCCUUGUUUGGGAGCAUCAUGCCAGGAUCGUUAUCCUUCCUCUGUGCGUUCUACUGUCUGUUGCACGCGUGGAUGAACGGAGCGGCUGAGCUGUUGCGAUUUGCGGAUCGUAUGUUUUACCGUGACUGGUGGAAUGAAUCAACGUUUGCCGGAUACAUACGCUCGUGGAACGUGGUGGUACAUGAUUGGUUGUACACGUACGUCUACAAGGACUGUGUUGAGAACGUGUUCCGUAACUGCCGGCCCCUGGCAACGGUGGCCGUGUUUACGGUGUCGUCCGUUUUCCACGAGGUCAUUCUGGCAUUCAGCUUCCGCUUUUUCUAUCCCGUAAUGUUUGUGCAAUUUGAGUUUAUGGGUUUGUUGUUGAUGUUUUUGACUAAGCGAAUGAGCAAGGAUGUUGGAAAUGUGCUGCUAUGGCUGAUGCUUUCGAUCGGCAAUGGUAUACAUCUCAGUUUAUACAACAUGGAAUACUACGCUCGACGAAACUGUCCCGAUAUAGGGGAGUCCGUCGUGGACUACCUAGUGCCGGUAUCGUGGUCCUGCAAUGGCAUUUCGCAUAAUCCUAACUGGACCAUCACGGCACCCUGGAGCAUUCCAUGAGUGAACUGGACGAUAAGACUGACCGAUGAAGCUGAUAGCAAGAUCGACAUGUGACUUAUGUAACGAAUCUACUUGUUUCUCGUUUUAAUGAUUGUAUGAAUAGUGUUUGUUGUAAAAAUAUAUAUACUGAGUAGCAGUUUAAAUAC